AGUGUUGAGCGUUGGAUUUUGGUUGUGUGUGUGUUCAUUUUCAAUAAUUUUAUAUGAAAUAAGUUACAAUGGCUGAGUAUUUGGCGUCAAUUUUCGGUACAGAAAAAGACAAAGUAAAUUGCUCGUUUUACUUCAAAAUCGGAGCUUGCCGACACGGAGAUAGGUGUUCUCGAAUACACAACAGACCGACUUUUUCUCAAACAUGCCUUCUGCAAAAUUUAUAUGUUAAUCCACAAAAUUCCGCAAAAUCUGCCGAUGGAAGCCACUUGGUCGCCAAUGUUUCCGACGAGGAAAUGCAAGAGCACUACGAUAACUUCUUCGAAGACGUUUUCGUGGAGUGCGAGGACAAAUAUGGAGAAAUCGAAGAGAUGAAUGUUUGUGAUAAUUUAGGAGAUCACCUCGUAGGAAAUGUGUACAUUAAGUUUCGACGCGAGGAGGACGCCGAAAGGGCAGUAAACGAUUUGAACAAUCGUUGGUUCGGAGGUCGACCCGUCUACGCCGAGUUGAGCCCCGUAACCGAUUUCAGAGAAGCCUGUUGUCGCCAGUACGAAAUGGGCGAGUGUACCAGGUCUGGAUUCUGCAACUUCAUGCACCUGAAACCCAUAUCCAGGGAAUUGAGAAGAUAUUUGUAUUCGAGAAGGAAGGGAGGUCGCUCAAGGGCCGCCGCCCAUUCGAGAUCUCGUUCUCCGAAACGGCCGCGGUCUCGUUCGAGGGAGAGAAAAGGAUCCAGAUCUCCGAAGCACCGUUCCGGCAGGAGCGGGCGUUAUUGAUGACGUAUUUACUGGAAUUAUUCAGGUUUAUCGCCUUGUAUAUGGUCAGGUCUAAUCAUUUAAGAAUAUUCACCAUUAAUUUUGAUUGCAUAGUUAACUCGGGACAUUCUUUUCCGAUGAUUUGUACAGGGAAACAAUCUGCCGAUUUAAUAACUAUGUUAUCAUAUUAGCGAGUUUUUACUUUUUAAGUUAGAAAUAUGUUUAGGUACUUUUUCUAAAGGAAAAACCGUAAUAAACUGUUGUAUGUUUGUGGUUAGGCUAUGCAGUAAUUCGUAAUAAAGUAUUCAAUAAAGGAAAUAAUCACAAUAUUUUCAAAAGAAAUAAAACGACGAAACGC